GUGCCGGCGCCCUGCCCGGUGGGGCCCAUGAACCAGGCGAUCAACCCGAAGAUCCUGGACUAUCCGUUCAUGAUCGGAAUUGGUGGUGAAGUCGUCACCACGGCUCCCGCGGUCCUUCUGCCAUUCUUCUUCCGAAACUUCAGAAACGGCGGAGGCGGCGACAAUAUGAUGGUCCUGCAGCUGACUCGUUUCCUUUGGGUCGGCCUGACGGCCUUUGGCGCCUUCUGCGCCUUCAGGAGGUUCGUGAUGAUGCGCCAGCAGCCGGUUGGAGCUGGAGAAGUUAGUCCGAGCACUGUCGCACAAGGAGCCUGGUGGGGCCUGGCGUCUUCGUUUGUCUGUUCGGUUCAGGGUGUUUCAAGGUUUUGGGGUGGUGGUGUUGUGUGUCUAUAG